AUGCCCGGUCGUCACAGGCCGAGUAGACAUAGGGCACAUCGGUAUAGGAGACAGAGGCAAAGGGAGGCUAGACACUAUGAGAUCGGCGGACCAGCGAGUCGGCCGGGCGCUUCCACCCACGUACUACAAGGAAAGCACAGCCAUGGGCUUAGGUACGAUGAGCCAUCGAAUUGUGUCAAUAUAAAUGAUGGCACGCGUGCUGCUCCUCUGGGACCUCUUACGGACUCCAAUCUUCUGGAUUUUCCUGCUUCAACCUCAACAACUACUAUCUCCGCAUCCAAAUCUGUCACUCUCAGAGAUGUCAACCGUGAGGGAAUUCCAAAGCUUACAGAAACCCCGGGAGCCUUUGUUGGCACAGUCGGCCCGAGCACCCCGUCGGCCACAUUGACAACUUCGACUCUACACUGGACAUCUGCCAAUGCGUCAAACUCCACGUUGACUAGUAUUGCAAGCCCUUCGACCCACCCGUACCACUCAUUUUCACCAACCACACAAAAUUCCAUUGACCCAGCAGCCAAAGUUCGUCAAAUAUCAGAUGAAAUGGCUGAAAAGGUGACCACACCCGGAACCGUUAGAUCGGCUGCUGGUCGUACCACAGAAGCCGAAAAUCAGCAUCAAGAUUCGACAACAAGUGGAAGAAUGGAUAUUGAAGGGGCAGAAAUGGCGAUUUACGAAGCGGCGGCAAAGUUCAAGGCAUUACCACUUCAUUCGAGAGCCAAGAUGAUUCAUUAG